AUGUCCGACGCCGAACUUUCUAUAUCCUCUUCCCCGGUCCAGGACGGAAAGAAAUACUCGAUCAAGGUCCCUGGAGGCGGGGCUCUAAGCGUCGUCCCAGGAAAAUACAAGAACGAAGAGGUCCACAUCCGAUCCUGGGAAAACGCCAAAAACCAGCUGUGGGUGGCGGAAGCCAACGACGGUGGUUUUGGAUUCCGCAACGCAAGUUCGGGAAGGUUGCUGGGGUCGAACAAGAAUGGGGAUAUCGCAGCUGACGCGGAUAAGCUGGAUUCCUGGGAACGGUUCAAGUUCCUGAACGUUGGGUCCGGGUAUCUCUUUUGGGUUAUCUACAACGGCACACAGCAGUAUCUUUACCGUCCUGCCCACCGCUCCGUGGCCCUGUUCCCGCCAGGCAUCUUUACCAGCAAUGACCUCAAUCCAAAUCCUCGACGGAGGACUCGGAACCUCCCUCCAAGACCAACACGGCAUCGCCUUCGACUCCUCUACCCCCUCUGGGCAUCCCACCUCCUCGUCUCCGACCCCACCACUCUCCUGGCCUGCCAGCGCGACUUCGUAACAGCAGGCAGCGACGUUCUCCUAACAGCCACCUACCAAGUCUCCAUUGAAGGAUUCGCCCGCACCAAGACCCCCGAGUUUCCGGAUGGCAUCCCCCGCCCCGCUAUCGGAAAAUAUCUCCGAACGGCACUGGCCAUCGCCGAGCAAGCGCGGGUGCGCCCAUCCGCCGCGAAAAUCGCACUCAGUCUGGGCCCGUACGGCGCGUGCAUGAUCCCCGGUCAGGAAUACAGCGGGCGCUACGACGCGGAGCAUGACAGUGAGGAAACGCUGUUCCAAUGGCAUUUGGAGCGACUACGGUUAUUCCUUGAGGCGGAUGAGAAGUUGGCGGAGAGAGUGCAGUAUGUGGCGUUUGAGACGCUGCCGCGGCUGGAUGAGAUCCGUGCGGUGAGGAGGGCGAUCCGCGCGGCGGGCUUGGAUGUGCCGUUCUGGGUGGCGUGUGUGUUCCCCGGAGAGGAGGCGACGUUGCCCGAUGGGAGUUCGAUCGGGCAGAUUGUGCAGGCUGCGCUUGCGGAGAUGGAGGAUGCGGCGGUGCCAUGGGGGGUGGGCAUCAAUUGCACCAAGAUCUAUAAGCUGGAUGCACUGGUUCGUGAGUUUGGCGAGGAGAUAGCGAGGGCUGUCGGCGCAGGCCGGGUAGGCGCUGUUCCGAGUCUGGUGCUGUAUCCGGAUGGUACCAAUGGAGAGGUUUACAACACGACCACGCAGACAUGGGAGAAGCCGGAGGGUUAUACAAGUGAUGAAAGGGGCCCGUGGGAAUCCCAGCUGGCGCAGGUUGUCACGAAUGCUCGCGCAACGGGUCCCUUUACUUCAUUCCUGGUUGGAGGGUGCUGCAAAGCCUCUCACAACGAUAUUCGAAAGCUGGCGGAGCAGCUGAAAACCGCGUAA